UUCACACUAUUUUUGCAUAUAUACAAACAAGUACACACACAAAACAGAAGAGGAGAAUGGCAAAAACAAAACGCACAAAAGGGAAAAGAAAAUACAAAGACGGUGUCUUUCCAUCUACUUCAAAAUUUGAGCAAAAAUCCACCGCUGCAAAAUCUAUGCAACCUUUUGGAAUUUCAAAACAUUCUUAGAAAUGGAUUGAGAAACUUAAAACAAAAUCGAAGAAUCAGUACUGUAAUUUUCCUAAGUCAGCCGCCACUUCAAUCCGAACUCAUGCCAAAAUUCAGUGAAAACCAAAACCGAGUUCAUUUCUAAUGAUGUUUAGCUGAAGUUUCUAAGUCGGGGUUCGAGAUUUCCCAGUCAAAUAAGGAUCCGUCGAGUUUCAGGUCGCGGUCCAGUUCGUGAUUCCAUCGCCGUCCAAGGUUUCCGGUAGUAAAACAUUUUCAGAUUCAAAGAGAGUUCACUCCUGAGUUCUGUUGCAGUUACUAAGGUAAUCCAUUAUGUUUGGGCGGGCUGCAAGGAGGAGUGAUAACUCCAAGUACUAUGAGGUUCUUGGUGUUUCAAAGAAUUCCAGUCAAGAUGAACUUAAAAAGGCAUAUAGAAAAGCUGCUAUAAAGAAUCAUCCUGACAAGGGCGGUGACCCUGAAAAAUUCAAGGAAUUGGCUCAUGCAUAUGAAGUUUUAAGUGAUCCAGAGAAGAGAGAAAUUUAUGAUCAGUAUGGUGAAGAUGCGCUUAAAGAAGGAAUGGGUGGGGGUGGUGGCGGUCACAACCCUUUUGACAUAUUUGAGUCAUUCUUUGGUGGAGGUUUUGGUGGAGCUUUUGGCGGUGGUGGUAGCUUCAGAGGCAGCAGAAAGAAACAAGGUGAAAAUUCAAUGCACACUCUACGGGUUUCUCUGGAAGACUUGUACAAUGGCACAACGAAAAAGCUCUCUCUUUCACGGAAUAUACUGUGCCCAAAAUGUAAAGGGAAAGGUUCAAAGAGUGGAGCCUCUGGAACAUGUUAUGGAUGUCAAGGUACUGGAAUGCGUGUUACGACAAGACAGAUAGCCCCAGGAAUGAUUCAACAGAUGCAACAUGUUUGUCCUGAAUGCCGAGGAUCAGGAGAGGUUAUAAGUGAGAGAGAUAGGUGCACUCAGUGCAAGGGAAACAAAAUUACACAAGAAAAGAAAGUAUUGGAAGUGAAUGUUGAGAAAGGGAUGCAACACGGUCAGAAGAUUGUUUUCGACGGGGAAGCUGAUGAAGCUCCAGAUACCAUCACCGGCGAUAUUAUUUUUAUAUUACAACAAAAGGAUCACUCGAAGUUCAGGCGAAAGUCUGAUGAUCUUUACGUGGAACACAAUCUCAGUUUGACAGAAGCUCUCUGUGGCUUUCAAUUUGUUCUGACUCAUCUUGACGGCAGGCAGCUUCUGAUCAAAUCUAGCCCCGGAGAAGUUAUAAAGCCUGAUCAAUAUAAGGCAAUAAAUGAUGAAGGAAUGCCCCAUUAUGGGAGGCCAUUCAUUAAGGGUCGGCUUUAUAUCCAUUUUAAUGUGGAAUUUCCAGAAUCUGGAUUUCUUUCCCCCGAGAAAUGCCGCAUUCUUGAGAGUAUUCUGCCACAGAGACUGGGGAAGCACUCGUCUGAUAUGGAGUUAGACGAGUGUGAGGAAACUACUUUGCAUGAUGUCAACAUGGAGGAAGAAAUGAGGCGCAAGGAGCAGCGACGCAGGCAAGAGGCUUAUGCUAUGGAUGACGAUGAUGAGCCAAAUGUGCAUCAUAUGGCUUGUAACCAACAAUAAAAUCUUUCAGAGAAGUGGUUUUUCGGUUAAGUCCCCAUUUUUGUCUAUGCUCUUUUGGUUGUUGGGGUUGGAAAACAGGGUUUCUUUUAGUUCUUCAGUUUAUUAUGUUGAUCUCACUUUUGUAGUGCCUUCUUAUUUUGGUCCUAAAAUGCAUUCCUCAAUUAGGCUCUAUGAGCUAUUAUUAUUGAGCAUUGUAGCA